AUGGCAUCACGGACCGCCUACGAAGAGCCGGAGCGCCGCUCGAGUGCAAGGCGACGUGUCAGCUCGACGCUCGACGGCCUCCGAUCGACCAGCGCCUCGUACGCCUCCCAGACGGCCAGCGGCCCGCCAGAGUCGAGUGGCCAGCCACGCCGCACCCGUCUCACUUCGAUAUCAGGCCUUCCAGGCCCUGCCGCGCCUUCAAGCUCGGCGGGGACCCGACUGCGUACGCUGUCCACCUCGGCCAAACCUGGCGCCGCAGCUGCUGCCGCGGCAGCGCGCAGGGCCGAGGCGGAAGCGUCUUCAAACAGCGUAUCGACCACCAGCUCGACGUACAGCUCGCGCAACGCCUCGGCCGCCUCGUCGUCCAAUCUUGGCUCACGCCGCACUUCCUGGACGCCCCAGAAGACGGCUCAGAACCAGGCCACAGCGCUGACCGAGCCCAGCAACGUGGCCGGCAACCUCGCGCGGCCAUCGACUGCCUCGCGCAUCCCGUCCAUCAGCCGCGGCACGGGCACCGGGUCUUCGCGCCUCGGCGAUGCGCUGCUCGGCCAGAGGAAGGCGAGCGACUCUUCGGCGAGUCGCUCAGCGGCGCUGCCGACCUCUGGAUCGACAUCCAGCGUAAGCCUUCCUCGCAGACGAGAUAGCCUCGUCGGUCCUCGACAGUCGAGCUUCGUUUCGACGCAGCAGCAGCAGCACCUGCCUGCGCCAUCAUCGACGCUGCGGCCGAGUGUGUCCAACUCGAGUCUCACUGAGUCGGCCAGCAUCACUUCCAGCAUGGGCCCGCCUUCGCUCUCGGCCUCGACCUCGAGCUUCGCCACCGCCUCCCGCCCUCGAGACACGCUGACGUCGUCCAGCUCCUUUACCGCUGAACGGACCACAUCGAACGGCAGGAUCCGGGCAUCGCCGUCACUGCCGCAGUUUGACGGCGGCUUUUCGGCGCCGCUGUUCGAGGGUCUGGCAACGACGUACGAGAGCAGCGAUAGCCUGACGCACGCGGCCGAGGAGAAUGCCACGCCGAUGGCGCACUCGCAGCCCUUCCCCGCUUCCAGCCAACCACCGGAGGCUGGCACCAAGGCGACCGUGGGCACGGCGCCUCGGCGGGCCAAGCCCAAUCUGCACCUCGGCCUGCGCGAGUCGCCGCAGAUGUCGUCGCGCUUCUCCAACUUCUCGUCGGCCGUGGGCACGCCGGACACCACCGACGACGCCAGCCGGAUCGUCAUGAUGCGCAAAAACUCGACCUACAGCAACUCUAGCACCAGCGGGCUGAGCGACAGCCUGGCCAAGAGCGGCUCCGAGCAGAGCAUGGCGGGCCUCGGCAUCGGCCUGCCCUCGACCAUGCAGCCGCCCCCGCCGCCAAUGCCGCCGCCGCACAGCGGCAGCCGGUCGGGCGAUCUCAGCACGUCGCUGUCGAGUGUCGACCGCAACCCGUCGUCGUACAACAGCUCAAUGCCACAGACGCCGGACCGCUUCGGCGAGCACGCCACGCCCAACGCCACGCCGAUGAUGUACGACCGCGCUGGCCAGAUUGGCAUCGGGGAGCUAGCGACCCCGCGCUGGAACUUUCCCUCGUCGAAGCUGCCGAAUUGGUCGUCGCACACCUCGAGCCUGGCCGAGGCUGGAGGGGCAAACACAGCUUCUGCCAACGGCGUUGACCCCAUGCCGCGAUCGGUAAGCGGCGCGCUGAGCGACGAUGGAGCGGUGCCCCUGCGGUCGCUCGUCGGAACGGCCGGCAAACCGCGCGGCCCUUCCGGUAACAGCCUUGUCGAAAACGCCAGCCACUUCCCGUCGGCGCUGCAGAGGCGGGCCGAGGCCAGCCGUCACUCGCGGUCGAUCUCCUACUCAUCGAUCAGCAGCGCCCAGCGGAGCAUCCAGCCGCCGUCCGAGGACCCGCGUGGCGGCCUGCCCAUCUCGCCCUCGGUGCCCGCGGUGCCCCGGUCGUUGGAGGGCAGCGUCUCGCUGCAGGCUUUGGCGCGCGGCUUUGGCGCCUCGACGUCGGAAUUCCUCUCGGACCUGGAUGGCGUCGGCCCAGGAAGCCCCCAAUACUCGAUCGACGCCAUGACCGAGUCAGAGCACAGCGUUGCCAACACCGACGAUGCCUCGUCGACCGAAGCACCCAAGCAGCUGGACCACCUGGUACCCAAGGGCGCCGAUGCGAUCCUUCUCGAGGCGUCGCGCCGGUCGCCGCGGAUCGGAGACCUGUCGUGGUCGCUCGGCGAGACCGGGCCGUUUGGGACCGACGCUGGCGGACCGGCUCCAGACACCGCCGACCAACAGCAGGCGAAGGCGCCUGCAGCAGAGGGGAUGGCAUUUGACAGCGGCGUGCUCAACGCGCUUGAGAGCGACGAGCAGUGGCGCGGCAGCUUCGACCUCAACGCUGCCAUCACCGAGCUGCUCAACGAUCACGACAAGCGACGGCAGGAUCGCAAAGGGGCCGGACAGGAAGGCUCCUCGAGCCCUUCGGCCGAAGUCGACGGCGCUGCUUCGCCGUCGAAGCUGGAUACGCUCUCGGAAGAAGGCAGGCCGAGCGACGAGGCCCCUCUCGGGCGUCCGGAUGGCGAGGUCCGUGGCCUGCCCCAGAUCCCUGCUACCUUGUCGCAUCAUGGUCAGCACGAGCAGCAUACGCCGUCCGCGGCCCGUAGGGCCAUUUCAGACUCGCCCAAGGUCCGCGACAGUGCACUUCCGUCCCGGCGCAGCCGACUGGUCAGCACUGCCGGCAACUCAACGGCGGGACUCCCUGCAAGCGCCAGCGCCACCAGCCUCGGCUCUGCUUCUGGCGCACCUGCUUCCAGCACUUCGUACCCGCUCGGCGCCAACGCCAAAGUCGGCCCACGACUCAGCUCGAUUGCUCAUUCCACCUCAGGCACCACUCGCAGCAAGCGCUCCUCGUCGGCGAGCAUCGGGCAGUCGCUGCUGCGCGGCUCGAUGCCUCUGGGCGCGGCCGAAGAGUACGGCAGCAUCCUCAACUCUGCCAAGGAGGAUGCGGCCGCCGAUGCGCUGCGGAAGCUGGACGGCCUUGGCGGCACGCCGCGGAGCAGCCGCGACAGCCGUUCAGACCUGCCAAAGAGCCCCCGCGUCAGCCGACAGAUGUCGCGGCCGGGCAGCGCCGGUCGAAAGACCCCCGGCACCGGCACCGGUACUGGCACCGGCAGCCGACCCUCGUCGCCGUCGAGUCGCGUGCGUCGCUCGUCCAACUACGACUCUCCGGCCUCGCGUGGCAUCGACAAGCAGCUGCGCGGCGAUGAACCGGGUAGCAGGAGCAGCGUCGUUCGUUCCUCCCGCAUCCUGUCCAAGGCCAACAAGGCGCAGGACGACUCCGGCAGCGCACCCCUCAAUGGCAACGGCGACGGCACGUCGAGGACCCCGCCUUACGCCAGCCCCCGUCUGCGUCGUUCUCAGCUGCCUCCACUGCCGCAAGGUGAUGUGGCUGCGAGCCACCGCAUGUCGCAGGGCAUCGGCAUGGGGGCCACCGCGUCCAUCCGCGAGGUCGGCGCCCCGAGCGUCAGCCGAUCUGGGUCGCGCUCGAAGCGAACCAGUGCCGCCAGCGACGUCUCGGCAGCCCAGCUCGAGGCAUCGAGGCAGGAUGGCGGCAGCGGCGGCGCUGCAGGCAGUAGCAAUGGCGCGGGGAUCGACGAGGUCGAUUCUCUGGGUCUUCCAAGCCGCGGCAGCGGUAUCCCACCCGUGCCUCCGCUGCCCAAGGUCUGGGAGGCGUCCAGGUCGGCUUCGCUCCACUCGGAGGCGUUCGGCUCGGCUCAGGCGAGCCCGAUCAUCUCGGCCAGCCAGAGCUUGAUCUCGACCUCGGCCGACACGUCCGAGGAGCAGCAGCGGCCGCAGCAGCAGCCGCAACAGCAGCAGCAGCAGCAGCAGCAGCCGCCGCAAGGCUAUUCGGAACCGCCACAGCAGCGGCAGCGAGAGCCAUCGGCCCCUCCGCAGCGGCCGACCCCAUCGAGCCUUUCGCCGAGGCAACCGACGAGUCCCCGACUCGGCACGGGCAACAGCGAGGCUGGCCACUCGAAUCUGCGCAAGUGGAGCUUCCCCAACCUCGCCAGCGCCCUUAACCGGAGCCCCUCAACGUCGGCGUCGACGGCGACGCGGUCCAGGCAGCCCAGCACCUCGGCGUCGAUGUCGGCGCUGAAUGCGGUCGCAGCGGAAGAGGCCAAGCAGCGCCGCGGCACCGUGUACGGCGACGGAUACAGCCGCACCGAAGCCGGUGGGGCGAUGGAGCCCGGCAUGGCGGCGGCCCGAGGCAGCGUCAACUCGAUGGCCCGGAUCGACGUGCUCAAGGCCAACAAGGGCGGCCCGGACGUAUCAACGGGCAGCCCGCAGAGCAGCCGGGUGUCGAACGACACCAACAACAGCAGCCCAAGGGUGCGACGGACGCCAUCGUUUUUCCAGCGCGCCACGAAGCGGUCCAACGGGUCGAUCGAGACGACGCAGAGCUCGCUGCACGCCAGCGGUGACGCCGACGAGAGCAAGUCGACGAUCGAGGUGACGCCGCCCAACUCGGGCCGCCUCUCGCGCAAGUCGAUCAUGGGUCUUGCCGGAGGCCUGCUGGGCCGCUCGACGUCGAAGCGCAAUGUCGAGGUGCCCGCCGGCGAUGGCAGAGGCACGACGACAUCGUCUGCGGCCGCCAACGCCAGCACGACCCCUGGCCGCGUUGCCAGAGCGGUCGGUGGAACGUCCGAGAGCUCGCAGCAGAAGGGCACGUCGUCGACGGCGUCGAGGCGGAUCAGCCUGGUCGCCCGUAAGCGCGGCAAGACGCUCCCCUCGUCCGCAGAGCCUCCGGUGGUGCCCGCCCUGGCACUGCCCAAGGAAUCGCCCGAGGCAGAGAAGGCUCCAGACGCCAGAGAGGCGAAAGCGACCCCGGCCAACGUUUCGACCGACAGUGCGCCCGUCCUCCGCGCGCUUCACCCCUCCUCUUCGUCUUCGAGCCUGUCCAACUCGAUGAUGGCCGACAUCGACCGAGCCGCUCGACUUGCUGCCAGCUACGACUCGCAGGCGACCUACGAAUCCGCCAACAACGAGAUCGAGGAGAUCGCCGACGGCGCGUCGGCAUCUGGCGUCAGCCGCGGCAACUCACCGACCAAGUCGUCCAUUGCGUCGUCGUCGGCGGCGGGCGGCAGCCGUAUUCCGCGCGCUGCGACGAUCCGGUCGUCGACCAAGACGCUCAGCGGCACCGCCAGCAGCAGCGUCGCCAGCAGCAGCAACGGCCACGCGUCGAUCUACGCGACGCCGCAGCAGAGCUCGAUACGGGCCAUAGGCAGCUCGGCCAGCAGCGUGACGGCGUCCAAGGCGGCGUCGUCGUCGCUCGCCGCCAGCCUGGGCAUCCAGCCCACCGAAGACGACUCGCUGUCGGCCGUCAGCUCCGACGCGACCAACGGCACCGCCAAGCCUGCUGUCGCUGGCACUGCUGCCGCCGCCGCGGCGACGCCGGCCAAGUCGGUCACGUCGCCGUCGCAGAAGCCGCUCUCGUCUUCGCUCGUCUCGAUCCUCAACGCGUACGCGGCAGCCAAGACGCCGGCCGAGGUCGAGGGCGUGCUUCGCCGCGCGCGCAUCGCCGCCUACUCUUCGACGCUGACGGCUAGCGAGCGCGAGGUGCUCAACAGCCUCGGCAGCCGCAACGAGCAGCACAAAAAGGCCGACAGCACGCCGAACGGCACCCCGUCGUCGUCCACGGUCGGCAGCAAGGCCAGGGCCUCGGGCAUGACCGAGGCCGGUACGCCCGCCCGCGCCGCCAAAGUCUUUUCGACGUCGAGCUCGGCGGCCAACACGCCGGCCAAGGCCGACACCAGCGUCACGGUCCCCGUGCGCAAGGUGCGGGCCUCGCUGAGCGCCGCCUCCGGGGCUGCCGCGCGCGUGUCGCGGGACACGGCCAACUCGGUGGCCGGACGGUCGUCGCGGCAGACGACGUCCACGCUAGGCAACCGCAGCCCGGCGCCAUCGGACAGCGGAUCGGCCACGUCGUCGACGGCGGCGGCCUCGGUGCUCGACGAGGAGGAGCGGCUGGGCGACCUCGAGAUGGAGGCGUACAUCAAGCGGUCGCAGGCCAAGAAGCUGGCGUCCGGCGCAAAGCAGGCCGACCUCGACAAGCUGCUCGAGUUCCCGGACCCGGUGCCGCCCAGCCGCACGCUGUCGCCGAGGCAGGCCGAGGUCAUGUACGGCAACAAGAUGUCGCCGUACGAGCUGCACGAGAUCUUCAGCUACCCCGAGAUCUUCUACUGCGGCCAAAACGCGUCGCAAAAGCACCGCGCCACCCUCGACAAGCCCAACAACAACCACGGCUUUGACGACGAGCGCGGCGAUUACCUGGUCACGACGCGCGACCACCUGGCUUUCCGGUACGAGAUCAUCGACCUGCUCGGCCGCGGGUCGUUUGGCCAGGUGCUGCAGUGCCGCGACCACAAGACGGGCCACACGGUCGCCAUCAAGCUGAUCCGCAACAAGAAGCGCUUCCACCACCAGGCGCUGGUCGAGGUCAAGAUCCUCGAGAGCCUGGUCAAGUGGGACCCCGAGGACCAGUACAACGUGCUCAAGAUCACCGAGUCGUUCCUGUUCCGCAACCACCUGUGCAUCGCCACAGAGCUCUACAGCAUGAACCUCUACGAGCUGAUCAAGGCCAACAGCUUCGCCGGCUUCUCGACCAAGCUCAUCCGCCGCUUCACGACCCAGGUCCUCGCCUCGCUCUCGCUGAUGCGCCAGCGCCGCAUCGUCCACUGCGACCUCAAACCCGAAAACAUCCUCCUCAAGCAUCCCAGGAGGAGCGGGAUCAAGGUCAUCGACUUUGGAUCGAGCUGCUUCGAGCACGAAAAGGUCUACACCUACAUCCAGAGCCGCUUCUACCGAUCGCCCGAAGUCAUCCUUGGCAUGAACUACCACACAGCGAUCGACAUCUGGAGUCUCGGGUGCAUCAUCGCCGAGCUCUACACAGGAUACCCGCUCUUCCCUGGCGAAAACGAGCAAGAGCAGCUGGCGUGCAUCAUGGAGGUGCUCGGCGUGCCGGACCGCUACCUGAUUGAGCGGAGCACGCGCAAGAAGCUCUUCUUUGACAGCACGGGCGCGCCCCGGCCGGUCGUCAACUCGCGCGGCAAGCGCCGCCGCCCCGGGUCCAAGACGUUGGCGCAGGCGCUCAAGUGCAACGACGACCUGUUUGUCGACUUUGUGGCAAAGUGCCUGAUCUGGGAUCCAGAGCGGCGGAUCAAGCCGGACCCGGCGAUGCGCCACCCGUGGAUCCAGCAGGGCCGCCGGCUUGCCUCGGUCGCCGCGGCCGCCUUGUCCCUCGGACGGGCGUCUGGCUCGGCGGCGUCGAGCUCGUUUAGCAGCAGCACCGGGCCCGGGCUGCUGCCGCGCAAGACGGCCAUGGUCAACUCGGCUGCCGGCACGGCCAACGCGAACGUGGCCACGACGUCGACGUCGACGAACCCCACGGCGACGCCACGCACCAAGCUGGCUGGCAGCACGACCGCAGCCGCCUCGGGAACACCGGGAGGGGCGGCGGGCUCGGGCUCGGGCUCGGGCUCGGGCUCUACCCCCGUACGCUCGUCUGCAGUCGGCUCCACCACGGGGAGCAGCCUUGCCUACGCCACGUCGCCGCGGCGCACCAGCGCCAUUGGCGUCGGGUCGCUGCACAACACGCCUCUGCGCGCCCGAGGGGCGUGA